AUGAAAUAUUCAAAUUUAACAGCAAAUCAGUACAUUUCUCUUCUCAAACAACUUCAUAUGGCAUGCAUAGAUGGAAAUCUCGGACUUGUCAAAUCACUCAUUGAAGGUAAGUGCGAUAAAGAAACAAAAAAUGAAUAUGGAUUUACUCCACUCAUUUAUGCAUCAGAAAAAGGUCAUCUUGAUGUUGUUAAAUAUCUUAUCUCUGUUGGAGCUGAUAAAGAAGCAAAGAAUAUUUAUGGAUCUACUCCACUCAAUUUUGCAUCAAGAGAAGGUCAUCUUGAAGUUGUUAAAUAUCUUAUCUCUGUUGGAGCUGAUAAAGAAGCAAAAGAUAACCAUGAAUCUACUCCACUUAUUUGGGCAUCACAAUGGGGUCAUCUUGAAGUUGUUAAAUAUCUUAUCUCAGUUGGAGCUGAUAAAGAAGCAAAGAGUAAUAAUGGAUAUACUCCACUCAUUUAUGCAUCACAAAAUGAUCAUCUUGAUGUUGUUAAAUAUCUUAUCUCUGUUGGAGCUGAUAAAGAAGCAAAGAAUAUUUAUGGAUCUACUCCACUCAAUUUUGCAUCAAGAGAAGGUCAUCUUGAAGUUGUUAAAUAUCUUAUCUCUGUUGGAGCUGAUAAAGAAGCAAAAGACAAAAGCGGAUCGACUCCACUCAUUUAUGCAUCACAAAAUGAUCAUCUUGAAGUUGUUAAAUAUCUUAUCUCUGCUGGAGCUGAUAAAGAAGCAAAGAGUAAUAAUGGAUAUACUCCACUCAUUUAUGCAUCAAUGAAUGGUCAUCUUACAGUUGCUAGAAAUCUUAUCUCUGUUGGAGCUGAUAAAGAAGCAAAAGACAAAAGCGGAUCGACUCCACUCAUUUAUGCAUCACAAAAUGAUCAUCUUGAAGUUGUUAAAUAUCUUAUCUCUGCUGGAGCUGAUAAAGAAGCAAAGAGUAAUAAUGGAUAUACUCCACUCAUUUAUGCAUCAAUGAAUGGUCAUCUUACAGUUGCUAGAAAUCUUAUCUCUGUUGGAGCUGAUAAAGAAGCAAAAGACAAAAGCGGAUCGACUCCACUCAUUUAUGCAUCAUCGAAUGGUCAUCUUAGAGUUGUUAAAUAUCUUAUCUCUGUUGGAGCUGAUAAAAAUGCAAAGAAUAAUUAUGGAUCUACUCCACUCAUUUAG